AUGCACCGUGCGUUAUCGUCGAGAUGGCUCAGGAGUGCGAUGAGUAUCGGCGACCGGGCCGCACUGGGUGAGGUUCCGGUAUACCUCUGCCCUUCCCUCACGACCGCGUCUGCGCGACACUGCUUUGCGCCGGCCGGCGAUACUCAUCGGAACCUCCCCUACAGACAGCGACGCUGCGUGCAUGUUGAGGCGACGACGAUACCUGAAGGGGCGGCCCCUCCACCUCCUCCUGCGAGCGAGACGACGAAGAUCUCGACGAGAAACCUCCCGCUGUCAUGUAGUGGCUGCGGCGCACUCAGCCAAACGACCGAAGCCGGGCAUGCUGGAUAUUACGACCUGAGCAGGAGAGCUGUAAAGGAGUUCCUUGCGCCGAAAGGCAGUGAUGAAGAAGGGGGCAAGGAGGCGCGCGCGGAAGACAAUGUCAUUGAUGAGGUCCUGCAAAACAUGAGCGAAGAGCAGCUUGCCCAACUUGGUCUGGACCCGAAGACACUGCGAUAUGGAGAAGAAUUGGAGUCGGACAUAAUUACAUCGGGUCCUAAAACUAAGAGGGUACCGCUCUGCGAUCGAUGCCACAAGCUGGUCCAUCACCACUCUGGAGAGUCGAUCUACCAUCCGACAGUCGACUCCCUGCGCGAGACGAUCGAGGAGUCCCCGUUCAAGAACAAUCACAUCUACCAUGUAAUCGACGCUGCCGACUUCCCGAUGUCGUUCAUUCCGAAGCUGCACCAGGUCCUCGACGCCAACUUGAAGCACCGGAACCGUAGAAAUAGGGCCGGGAGGUACUUCCAGGACCGCAAGUUCGACAUGAGCUUCAUCAUCACACGGUCGGAUCUGCUGGCUCCCAAGAAGGAGCAGGUUGACUCGCUCAUGCCGUACAUGAGAGAGGUUCUACGCCGAUCGCUGGGCAAGUUCGGAAAGCUCAUCAGACUCGGCAACGUCAAGUGCGUCAGCGCUCAAAGGGGCUGGUGGACCAAGCCGCUCAAGGAGGAGAUCUAUGAGCGCGGAGGUGCUGGCUGGAUGGUCGGCAAGGUCAACGUCGGGAAGAGUCAGCUGUUCGACUCCGUGUUCCCAAAGGGCACCACGGCGUCCAUCCCUUCCAAGCAUCCCUUGGCGAUCUCCUUGUCUACAAAGAAGGAGGACAGCAACGGUGCUCACUUUGAGGCGGGCGACCCUUUCGAGAACGAUUCUGAGCGUCUGGACCUGAACGCCUUGCUGCCUCCUGCUCGUACCGAGACCAACUUCCCGGAGAUGCCCACGGUUUCCUCCCUGCCAGGCACCACGGCUUCUCCUAUUCGAAUCCCCUUCGGUAACGGCAAGGGUGAGCUGAUUGACCUUCCAGGAGUGGCUCGAUCAGACCUUGAGAAGUACGUCAAGCCGGAGCACCGCGAGGAUCUCAUCAUGCACCAUCGAAUCAAGCCCGAGCAGCACUCCCUCAAGCCCGGCCAGUCCCUCCUGCUCGGAGGACUGAUCCGCAUCACCCCCUCCACGCCAGACCUCGUCUACCUCGCCUACAACUUCACUCCCAUCCCCGAACACGCGACGUCCACCGAGAAGGCCAUCGAGUUCCAGCAGCAGACGAGAGCGUCCGACCGCGUGCCCAACAUCGCCGCUCCCGGGCUCGCCGACAAGCUCAAGCUCGCAGGCACCUUCGAACUCAAAUACGACGUGACCAAGGAACGCGCCGGUCCUCUCACCCGCAAGGAUGUUGGCCGCAGGAAGGUCGAAGACCUCCCCUGGCGCGUGUUGGCCACCGACAUCCUCAUCGAGGGGUGCGGGUGGGUUGAAAUCGUAGCGCAGGUGCGGACCAAAGACCUGUUUGCCGGUUGCGCGCCGUCCUUCAUCCAGGAGGAACCUGAAUCUGAGCCCGAACUGGAGGUCGAGCCCGAGCUCGUGGACGGCUUCUCGAAGAUGGAGAUGGCGGCGAGUAGUCAAUCCGCUCCUCCCAAGGUCGAAAAGAAGAAACCCGCAGCCGUGAAACCUGCCCGAAACCCUGACGAGCCCAACUGGCCCGGCGUCGAGGUCUGGACGCCUGAGGGCAAGUUCAUCGGCUCUCGCUUGCCGAUGAACGCGUGGCUCCUGAACAAGUCUCCCAAGAAGGUGCUCAAGAGUCGCCCGCGUAAGAGUAUGAAGGGCGCGAAAAAGGCGGUCAAGGCUGUCAAGAGAGCCCUUGCGGCAAAUGCGUAA